AUGGUGUCGUUUACGUAUUAUGCGGGCUGGGCCGACAAGUGGGAGGGGAAGACCAUCCCCAUUGACGGAGACUACUUCUGCUACACCCGCCAUGAGCCUGUGGGCGUGUGCGGACAGAUCAUCCCGUGGAACUUCCCGCUCCUGAUGCAGGCCUGGAAGCUGGGCCCGGCUCUGGCCACGGGGAACACGGUGGUGAUGAAGGUUGCCGAACAAACGCCACUGACCGCUCUGUUCGUGGCCAGUCUCAUCAAAGAGGUGGGCUUUCCUGAAGGAGUGGUGAACAUCCUGCCGGGAAUGGGCCCCUCCGCCGGAGCCGCCAUCGCCAGACACAUGGACGUGGACAAGGUGGCCUUCACUGGAUCCACAGAGGUGGGUAAACUGAUCCAGCAGGCGUCUGGCAGCAGUAACCUGAAGAAAGUGACUCUGGAGCUGGGAGGGAAGAGCCCCAACAUCAUCAUGUCAGACGCCAACAUGGCGGAGGCCGUGGAGCAGGCCCACUUCGCCCUCUUCUUUAACCAGGGCCAGUGCUGCUGCGCCGGCUCCAGGACCUACGUCCAGAAAGACAUUUACCAGGAGUUUGCGGAGCGCAGCGCAGAGAGAGCAAAGAGACGUGUGGUGGGGGACCCAUUUGACGUGCGCACCGAGCAGGGGCCCCAGGUCUGUGGCUUCUCUCAAGUCGACCCUCUCUCCCCUCUUCUACCCUCUCUCCUCUCUCCCCUCUUCUACCCUCUCUCCUCUCUCUCCUCUUCUACCCUCUCUCCUCCCUCCCCUCUUCUACCCUCUCUCCUCUCGUCUCUAUCCUCUCUUCCCUCUCUUCGACCCUCUCUCUUCCCUCUCCCCCCCUUCUACCCUCUCUCCUCUCCUCUCUCUCCUCCCUGCCCUCUUCUACCCUCUCUCCUCUCUCCCCUCUUCUCCCCUCUCUCCUCUCUCCCCUCUUCUACCCUCUCUCCUCCCUCUCCUCUUCUACCCUCUCUCCUCUCCUCUCCUCUCUCUCCUACCUCCCCUCUUCUACCCUCUCUCCUCCCUCCCCUCUUCUCCUCUCUACUCUCCUCUCUCUCCUCCCUCCCCUCUUCUACCCUCUCUCCUCCCUCCCCUCUUCUACCCUCGCUCCUCCCUCCCCCUCUUCUCCUCUCCUCUCUCUCCUCACUCCCUCUCUUCUACCCUCUCUCCUCUCCUCUCUCUCCUCCCUCCCCUCUUCUACCCUCUCUCCCCUCUUCUACCCUCUCUCACCUCUUCUACCCUCUCUCACCUCUUCUACCCUCUCACCUCUCUCCCCUCUUCUACCCUCUCCCCUUCCUCCCCUCUUCUACCCUCUCUCCUCCCUCCCCUCUUCUACCCUCUCUCCUCCCUCCCCUCUUCUACCCUCUCUCCUCCCUCCCCUCUUCUACCCUCUCUUCCCUCUCUUCGACCCUCUCUCUUCCCUCUCCCCCUUCUCCUCCAUCUCCUAUUCUGCCCUCUCUUCGUACUGUCGCUCCUCUCGCCCCUUUCUCCUUCCUCCCCUCUCUCCCCUCUUCUACUCUCUCCCCUCUUCUCCCCUCUCUCCCCUCUUCUACCCUCUCUCCUCCCUCCCCUCUUCUACCCUCUCCUCCCUCCCCUCUUCUACCCUCUCCUCUCUCUCCUCUUCUACCCUCUCUCUCCUCUUCUACCCUCUCCUCCCUCCCCUCUUCUACCCUCUCUCCUCUCUCUCCUCUUCUACCCUCUCCCCUUCCUCCCCUGUUCUACCCUGUCUCCUCCCUCCCCUCUUCUACCCUGUCUCCUCUCUUCCCUCUUCUACCCUCUCUCCUCCCUCCCCUCUUCUACCCUCUCUCCUCCCUCCCCUCUUCUACCCUCUCUUCCCUCUCUUCGACCCUCUCUCUUCCCUCUCCCCCUUCUCCUCCAUCCCCUAUUCUGCCCUCUCUUCGUACUGUCGCUCCUCUCGCCCCUUUCUCCUUCCUCCCCUCUCUCCCCUCUUCUACUCUCUCUCCCCUCUUCUCCCCUCUCUCCCCUCUUCUACCCUCUCUCCUCCCUCCCCUCUUCUACUCUCUCUCCUCUCUACCCUCUCUCUUCCCUCUCUUCUAUUCACUCGCCCCUCUCUCCUCCCUCCCCUCUUCUAUCUUCUCCUCUCGUCCUCCCUCUCACCCCCAUUUCUCCUUUCUCCCCUCCCCUCUCUUCUACUCUCUCCUCUCGCUCCUCUUCUCCCCUCGCCCCUCUUCUCCCCUCGCCCCUCUUCUCCCCUCGCCCCUCUUCUCCCCUCGCCCCUUUUCUACCCUCUCUCCCCUUUCUCCUCCCCUUCCCUCCCCCUCCCUAGACCAAACCUUGAUGUCUCUGCAGUUCCAUGACUGGAGGAAGAAUAAAAAGUUCAGUGGGAAGAAGGAGGGGGCGCGGCUGCUCUGUGGGGGGGGCGUGGCAGCAGACCGGGGGUACUUCAUCCAACCCACAGUGUUCGGAGACGUGCAGGACGGGAUGACCAUCGCCCGAGAGGAGAUCUUCGGUCCCGUGAUGCAGAUCCUGAAGUUCGACACUCUGGAGGAGGUGAUAGAGCGAGCGAACGACUCUCAGUACGGACUGGCAGCUGCUGUUUUCACCAAAGACCUGGAUAAGGCCAACUACGUGUCCAGCGGGCUGCGGGCGGGGACCGUGUGGAUAAACUGCUAUGACGUGUUCGGGGCCCAGGCUCCGUUCGGAGGAUACAAAGCGUCAGGAAACGGACGUGAGCUCGGAGAGUACGGUCUGGAGGGCUACACCGAGGUCAAGACGGUGACCAUGAAAGUGCGGCAGAAGAACUCUUAA